AUGACUUCUACCGUCGCCACAGCCUCGACCAACUUCUUUCUCGCCGCAGCCGAAAAUCGCUGCUCGUGCUACACUCUCACCAACAGCUCUCCAAUCUCCGACGCGCGGAUCCGCGACAUCGUCGUUUCUGCAGUCAAGCACUCCCCGUCAGCAUUCAACGUCCAGUCCACUCGCGCAGUUGUUUUGGUGAAGCAGGAUCACCAGAAGUUAUGGGACUUUGGCGAUGCGGCCUUGAAAAAAGCCAUGCCGGAACAGGCGUAUGCGGGCCUGGCGGCCAAGGUGCAGGGUUUCCGCGCCGCUUACGGCACCGUCUUGUGGUUCGAGGAUCAAUCCGGGCUCGACGCCUUGAAACAGAAGAAUGCGGCCCUCCAACAUGUCAUUCCGCAAUGGUCUAGUCAUUCCAGCGGCAUGGCCCAACUCGUCGUCUGGACAGCUUUGGAGCUGGAAGGUCUGGGUUGCAAUCUUCAGCAUUACAACUUCAUGUCCGAGUUCAGGGAGAAAGUGCGCAAUGAGUGGAACAUACCAGAGACGUGGGCCCUGCAUUCACAGCUUGUGUUUGGUGCGCCGCUGGAUGGUCUGAAGAGGAGCAGAGAGAGGACGUACCUACCGCUCGAAGACCGUGUGAAGAUGUUUGGGAGAGAUUGA